AUGGCGCCAUCUGGCAAGACGGCAGAAGGCCGACGCAAGUCUGGCGGCAAGCCCAGCCUGCUCGUCACCCUAGCCGUGUCGUCCUCUCGGCUUCGCGAAAUCCUUGUGCCCGACUCCAUCAAAGAGGACACUCCCUCGGCCAAAGAAGUACCAACACCCAAGGAUGUCAAGGACUCGCCGGCCAACUCGGCGGCCCCGGUCAACUCCAACGGCGAAAAUGCAUCUGACUCCAACGCCGCCACGCCCGCUGCAGAGGGCACUCCGGCGCCAUCGGCCAUGGGACCGCCCACUGAGGGACCCAAGAAGAAGGGCACCAAGCGAUCAGCCGCUGGUGCAAAUGGCGCCACGGACGGAUCGUCCAAGCCAAGGGGGAAGCCGGGCCCAAAGAAGAAACCCCGAUUGGAAGACGGAACAAUAGACCCCGCGGCGAACCGGACGGGUGGCGGCCAUAAACUCGGCCCAAAGGCGAACCAGGGAGCCAUCAACGCCGGCCUUCGCGCCCUCGACAGGUCGGGCAAGCCCUGCCGCAAGUGGGCUGUAGGAGGCUUCACGCUCAAGAGCUUCACCGGCGUGGUAUGGGAGGUUUCUCGAUGGAGGGCGCCACCCAAGGCGGUGCCCGAGCCGGCCGAUGACGAAUCCGGCGCUCCCUCGGCAGACAACAGCAGCAGCAAGGAGAACAAGGAAAACGGACCAGAGGCCAACAGUGGCAGCAACAGCAACAGCGGCGCGGAUGUUGAGUUGAGGAGCGUCCACAGUGUCACUGCAUCGUCACCAGCACCCAUGGCCGUCACUGCCGCUUCCUAG